GUCCUUCGUUCUCAAAGACACCGAGCUCUUGUACAUGCUUGUCCAGCACAAGCCAACCCACCAAUCUUUCCAGGAAUACAAUCUGCAUAAAACCCCAUCCUCUUUUCUCGAACUAAACCACAGAAGAAGCUGCACUAUGUUGUCUCUUCCUCUCCCCUCUCUCCGCAUACAAAGAAAAUGGACAACUGUGCCACGAUCGGGAAAAUGGUAUUGAACCCAGUCAUGUCUCGGAAGAAGAGCAGAGCAGAGCACAAAAGAGAACCUAUACCCCCUAAACAAAAACGAUCGUAUGUGCCAACUAUCCCAAGUCCGAAAACGCAAGAACCAAAAACAAAGUCGAACGCCGGUAUGUUGGCGAGUAAAACACACAUUCAAGAACAGCGGUCUCUCUCUUUCUGAAUCUCAAUUCUCUACGUCG